AUGGUUUCAGCCAUUGAUUCAAUUCUUGUGGUGGUCAUCUCAGUCCAUUUGUUCUAUUCACCUUUUACAAAAGUUGAAGAGAGUUUCAAUAUCCAAGCAAUCCAUGAUCAUUUGACUUAUGGGCUUGAUGUUUCGCAAUAUGAUCAUACUGUGUUCCCAGGUGCUGUUCCAAGAACUUUCUUAGGUUCUUUGAUCUUGAGUAUAUUAUUGAAACCGGUUCAAUUGGUGUUGGAAAAGGAGAUUACUGAUUUGGAUUUACAAAUAUUGACUCGUGGUGUCUUGGGGUUAUUAAAUGCUAUGGGUUUAAUUAUAUUAAAAGAUUCCGUAUUAUAUCAAAUUAAACAAAAUGAUAAGAAAUUAAAACAGAAGAACCAUCAUAAUUAUAUUAAUUUUUGGUUUAUUGCUUUGACAAUUUCACAAUUUCAUUUAAUUUAUUAUUCUUCAAGAACUUUACCAAAUUUUAUUGUUUUACCAUUAAUAAAUUUUGCAAUUUCUAAAAUUAUUACAAAUGAUUAUUCAACUGGUAUUUCAAUAUUAUCAUUUGCUACUGUUGUUUUCAGAAUUGAAUUAUUGGCAUUAACAUUAUCCUUAGGUUUCACCUUGUUUGUUUUCAAAAAAGUUAGUUUUGGACAAUUAGUUAAAUCUUCAAUUAUCGGUGGGGUUAUUGGUAUUUUGAUUAGUGGUGGUAUUGAUAGUUUUUUCUGGCAAAGACCAUUAGUACCAGAAUUAGAAAGUUUUAUAUAUAAUGUUAUUGAUGGUAAAAGUGAAAAUUGGGGUGUGGAGCCAAUUUAUACUUAUUUUACAAAAUAUUUAUUAACAAUUUUCUUACCUCCAACAGUUUUAGCAUUACAAGGUUAUGGUAUUAUAAAUGAUCAUACAGGUAAUAAUUCAUUCUCUAUAUUAUCAAUAAGUUCAUUAUUAUAUGUUUCCAUAAUUUCAAUUCAACCACAUAAGGAAUGGAGAUUUAUUGUUUAUAUAAUCCCAGUUCUAACUUUAGUUGGUGCUAAUGGUGCAUCAGAAUUAACCAAAAGAGCUUCAAAAUCAAUUGUUUAUAAAAUUUUGGUCCUUUUAGUGUUUGGAUCUUCAUUAAUUUCAUUUGCUAUAUCAAGUUUUUGGUUAAAAGCUUCAUCAUUAAAUUAUCCAGGCGGUGUUGCAUUACAAGAAUUAAAUGGAAUUAUAUUGAACAAUGCUAAAACUGGGAAACUUUCUAAUCCAAUUAAUGUUCAUUUAGAUGUACCAGCUUGUAUGACUGGUGUUACAUUAUUUGGAGAAAUUAAUGAAACUCCAAAUUUACAAAUAAUUUAUGAUAAAACUGAAGAUUUCCAAGAAUUAUCUACAAAAUGGGAAUCAUUUGAUUAUUUAAUUACUGAUGUUUCAGAUUCAAGUAAUUUAACUAAAAUUAAAGGAUUUAAAUGGUUUAAAUUAGAUUCUAUUAAGGGGUUUGCUGGUAUAAAUACUUCAUUAAUUAAAUCAAUAACUCCAGAAUUUUUAUUAGAUUUAAUUAAGGUGACAAUUAAAUCUAGGAAUUUAAAUCCAAUUAUGAAUUUAUUUAAUUUAUUAUUUGUUCAACAAGAUUAUCUUUAUAUUUAUACUAAAGUUGAAUUAAAUUCUAAAGAACAUGAAAAAAUUGUUCAAUUAUUGAAAAAUAUUUGA